ACUAUUUAUAAUGGUCACUACAAUCAUUACAUCAAUAAUGAUUAAUUAACUUUUGUAAUUUGGAUUGUUUAAAAAGCCAAAAAUCGAUCAUGGUGACAUUAAUAGAUGUUAAAUAUUGAAUAUAACACCCAUUGAUAUUCAAUUUUUUUAAGAAAAUAUGCUCCUUCUCACUGACGAUGGAAUAUUUGAUGAAAAAGAAACUCUUCUUUAUUCCUAAAAUAAUAGUUAUGCACUAUUUGCUGAUGAAGAUCAAAUUUAUAUUGCUCAUGAUAAUUAAAUCGAUUUUCUAAAUCAAUGGAAAAUCAUUAAGACUAUUCCAUUACCAACUGGAUUGAUUAUUUACGAUUUUAUAGUCAUUCAAAAUGAAAUCUUUAUCACUUUAGAUUAUUAAAUUUCUGAUUUACUUGGAUUUUAUUUUUAAUCUAAAAGUUUCUCAUUAUUAAAAUGUGAUUUUCAAGGAAAUUGCGAAUUUUAAUAUGAAGUAAAUGGCGUUCAUUUAAGUGGGAUAGAGUAUUUAAAUAAUUAAAUUUAUAUUUCAGACACUUUUUAAAAGACUCUCAAUAUUCAUGACAGGAAUUUUACUUUACUUUAAACUUUGCAUUUAGAAGAUGGACCUAAAAGAUUAGUAAAAGUAUUAGAUAAAUUAUACUUUACAGCUAUUCCUAAGCUGAUAGAAUUACUUACUCUACCAAAAUUUACUAGUUUAUAUGAACUUGAUUUAAUUACAGGUUUAUAAAAAUUGGUAACCUUUGAAAAUUUUUAUUAUGUUGGAGCAUAAUAUAAAUAAGGAAUAGUUUUAGGAAAUCAUUUAUGUAUUUGA